AUGGAUUUAGCAAAGGGGCGUCCUGUUGUUAAGGCGGGCGCGCGUUGCAGGACGAUUAGCAACCGGGCCCUAAAUACGUGUGGCAUCUGGAGAAGGUCAGCGCACGAACGCGCGCGUAGGCUACGGCGCCCGAGUCGAGCCGCCCAACGGCCGCCCUCUCAGUCCCGGCUCGGAGCCGAGAAGCCGCGCCAUGUUCCGCCUAAUGAUGCUGCUUGCCGGGCCCGGAGGCUUGCUGGCGGCAAGACCCGGACUACUAGUUCAAUGUUGAAUAGAAACGAUGACCAGUGUCUUGCCAGAGGUUUUGGUUCUCAAAAUUCAUUUCUACAAAUAAUAUUUCCAGAGAAAAUACAAGCAAAUACAAGUGAUGAUUCAGAACUAGAAAAUGAACAGGUAUCCUAUAUUAUCCCAAUAGAUGAGAAACUGUAUACUGUGCACCUUAAGCAAAGAUUGUUUUUAGCAGAUAAUUUUAUGGUUUAUUUGUAUAAUAAAGGAUCUAUGAAUUCUCAUUCUUCAAAUAUUCAGACCCAUUGCUACUACCAAGGAUAUAUUGAAGGAUAUCUGAAUUCUCUUGUCACACUCAGCACAUGCUCUGGACUGAGAGGAAUAUUGCAAUUUGAAAAUGUUUCCUAUGGAAUUGAGCCUCUGGAAUUGUCAGUUGAAUUUCAGCAUCUUCUUUAUAAACUUAAGAAUGAAAACAAUGACUUUGCAAUUUUUACCGAAAAUAGCAGAAGCGUAGAAACAAAACCAAUGAACUCUAACAUUUUUAUAAGUGAAAAAGCAGAAGCAGCUGUUCCAAAUUUGUAUCCUCUUUACCUAGAAAUACAUGUUGUUGUGGACAAAACUUUGUAUGAUUACUUGGGCUCUGAUAAUAUGAUAGUAACAAAUAAAAUCAUCGAAAUUAUUGGCCUUGUAAAUUCGAUCUUUACCCAAUUUAAAGUUACUAUUGUGCUGUCAUCAUUGGAGUUGUGGUCAGAUAAAAAUAAGAUUUCUACAGUUGGUGAGGCAGAUGAAUUAUUGCAUAGAUUUUUAGAAUGGAAGCAAUCCUACCUUACUCUAAGGCCCCAUGAUAUUGCGUACCUAUUCACUUAUAGAGAUUAUCCAGAUCACGUUGGAGCAGUAUUUCCUGGAAAGAUGUGUGAUAGCCAUUACGCUGCAGGAGUUGCUUUGUAUCCCAAGGAGAUAACUUUGGAGGCAUUUUCAGUUAUUGUUACUCAGUUGCUGGGACUUAGUCUGGGACUGUCAUAUGAUGACCCAAAGGAAUGUCACUGUUCAGGAGCCAUCUGUCUAAUGAAUCCAGAAGCUAUGCAAUCCAGUGGUGUGAAGACUUUUAGCAAUUGCAGUUUGAGUGACUUUGAAAAUUUCAUUUCAAAUGUGGGUGCCAGAUGUCUUCAGAAUAAGCCACAAAUGCAAGUAAGGGCUUCAGUCUGUGGCAACCGCAAAGUGGAGGCAAAUGAAAUCUGUGACUGUGGUUCUGAAAAAGAAUGUGGGCCUGAUAGCUGUUGUAAUCCUAGUACUUGUGUAUUGAAACCAGGAGCACACUGUCAUACAGGAUUAUGCUGCAAGAACUGUCAGAUUGUUGAAUCAGGUUUUGAAUGUAGGCCCAGAGUACAUCCUGAAUGUGACAUUCCUGAGUUUUGUAAUGGAAGCUCAGCAUCCUGUGAUCCUGAUGUAACUAUACACAAUGGACAUUUAUGCAAAAACAACCGAUUUAUGUGUUAUGAUGGAGACUGCCAUGAUCUUGAUGCACAAUGUGAGAAAUUAUUUGGAAAAGGUUCAAAAAAUGCACCAUUUCCCUGCUAUGAAGAAAUCCAACCUCAAAUUGACAGGUUUGGGAACUGUGGUUUUCAGGAAAAUAGAUAUACAUAUUGCUCAUGGAGGAAUCUUAUCUGUGGAAGAUUAAUUUGUACCUACCCUACUCGAAUUCCUUUCCAUAAAGAAAAUGUUGCUGUGAUUUAUGCUUUUGUGCGAAACGCUUUAUGUGUAACUAUAGACUUCAGAUUGCAUUUAUCAGUUCCAGAUCCAAUGAGGGUGCGAAGUGGCUCUCAGUGUGAUACAGGAAGGGUUUGUGUCGAUGGUGAAUGUGUAGAAUCAAGGAUACUCGUGAAUGAAUCAAACACUUGUUCACAAAAGUGCAAUGGAAAUGGAGUGUGCAAUUCCAACCAGAUGUGCCACUGUUUUGAGGGCUUUAAUCCUCCAGAUUGCCAAACUCAAGCCAGAGUUGCUGCUAGAUUGCCUGGGAAACAGGGUUUAAUCAUGGAAAAAGUUUUUAGGAGGAUAGAAAAGAACUGGUGGCUUCUCGGUGUCUACAUUUCUUUACCCAUUCUCAUCAUAGCAACCAUAAUAGCUGUGAAAUGGAAUAGCUUGAAAAGCCGGUUCACCAAGGAAGAGGAGGCAUCAAAUAGCGAGUAA